UGUUAAUUGACAAUUAUUGACAACAAUAAUAGUGUGAACAUUCCCUUAAACAUUUUACUAGAUGUAUAUAAUAUAUAAUUUAUUGCAACUAACUCGGGGGGAAAAAUUGUAAUGCGAGCAUUCAAGAAGUUCUCCAGUUUUAGGAAUUUUAGGAUAGGAUUUAGGAUAACUCCCCACGAAUUCGAUGUUAAAAAAGGGAUUACCGGAUAAAGUGGUUGAAAUUUAGAAUAAAUUUUAUGGCACGAUUCUGAUUGCUUUGGUGGGCGGGGAAUGGCAACGAAUUCCGGUAUAAAUGGGUUAUGUGCUGAUAAGGGAGCUUUUCCGGAGGAAGAACCUGUAAAAAAGCAGCUUUUAGAUUAUAAAAAUAAUAUAACUAUCAACCCUACAAUAUGAUGGAGUCUUCUGACUUUAUAAGCACCAGCGAUAUGUCUACUAACAAUACUACCGAAAAUGAAUCAAUACAAAAUAUGCCUGCAAUUCGAGCACAUACGAACAUAAACGGUUCAACUUUGGGUAAUAUGGAAAUUCAAAUGGAAAAUUAUGAUGAAGACUGUACGACUAUUAAUAAUAAUAAUGCUAAUAAGUUUUGUUGGAAACGGCUAAGUAAUCCUUCUGGACCUCAGCCACGUCCAAGACAUGGACAUCGAGCCAUCAACAUAAAAGAAUUAAUGGUCGUAUUUGGUGGAGGGAACGAGGGAAUUGUAGACGAACUUCAUGUUUAUAAUUCUGUUACCAAUCAAUGGUUUGUACCAGCAAUGCGUGGUGAAGUUCCACCAGGUUGUGCCGCAUAUGGCUUUGUUGUUGUGGGUACUCGUAUGUUUGUUUUUGGUGGCAUGAUUGAAUAUGGAAAAUAUUCUAAUGAACUUUAUGAGUUGCAAGCAACAAAAUGGGAAUGGCGUAAAAUGCAACCUGAAUUGCCGGAUAACAUGCCAGCUCCAUGUCCGCGUCUAGGCCAUAGUUUCACCAUAGUAGGGGAUCGUAUAUUUCUUUUUGGUGGCUUAGCUAACGAAUCUGAUGAUCCUAAAAAUAACAUACCUAAGUAUCUGAACGAUUUAUACAUUUUGGAAACCCGUGGAGUACACAGUCAUAACGGUAAAUGGAUUAUGCCAAAAACAUACGGAGAAAGCCCACCUCCACGGGAGUCUCAUACUGGCGUAGCAUUUACAAGCAAAAAAUCCAAUAAACUACAUUUAUUGAUUUAUGGUGGAAUGAGUGGUUGUCGGCUAGGUGAUUUGUGGCUCUUGGAAGUUGAUUCUAUGACAUGGUCAAAACCCCGAACACGUGGUCACGCACCGUUACCUAGAUCCUUACAUAGCGCUACAAUGAUUUGCAAUAAAAUGUAUGUUUUUGGGGGAUGGGUACCUUUACUUAUAAAUGAUUCUAAAUCAACAACCGAAAGAGAAUGGAAAUGCACAAAUACUCUCGCAGUUCUCGAUUUAGAUUCAAUGAAUUGGGAAAAUGUAACUGUUGACUCCGUUGAUGAAGAUGUACCACGAGCUAGGGCUGGCCACUGUGCAGUAGGUAUUCAAAGCCGUCUCUAUGUGUGGUCUGGUCGUGAUGGGUAUCGUAAAGCAUGGAACAACCAGGUUAGGGUUUGCUGUAAAGAUCUAUGGUAUCUAGAGGUCACUAAACCACUUUAUGCCGUUAAAGUUGGUUUGGUGCGUGCUUCCACCCAUGCACUGGAACUAUGUUGGACCACUACUACUUUUGCUACAGCCUAUGAGUUACAAACACAAAAAAUCGAACCUGUAACUAUGGCUGCUAAAGUGGUAACACCUUCGUAUGCUCCUAGCGCCUGUGCUACGACAUUACCCAGUAGUCAAAAUCCCGUUAAUGGAAUGACAACGUCUACACAACCCUCACCAACAAUAUCAGCGAACAAGCAUCAGAAGAUCCAUAAUACAGCCCUACCUACUGUUACUUUGCAACAAUCUACUGUCAAAGUAUCUAGCAAUGCUCUUAUACAGCAGCAGGCACAGCCACAAACACAACAGCAGCAGCAACAACCUCAUAUGCAGGGUUCAACUAUUUACAUAGCACAACAAGUUCAGCAAUCUCAGCAAAUCAGUCAAAUCAAUGCAAAAAUUUUAGCUUCGUCUCCCAGCAUUGUAGAGAGUGCUAUGCCGACGCCACGCAUAAUAAAUGCGGCAGCACCGGCAAUUGUAAAUUCCAGCACCCCUGUUAGUGGUAGUGGAGGGGUCUUAUCAGCAACUUUAGUAAAUGUGUCCCAACAACAACCAAGUGUAUCAAUGAUCAAUAAUAACAUAACUACCAUAUUGCAGAAAUACCGACCGAAUACGGUUGUAUCUCGAACUGCUGCUAUAACUUCACCAAUUGCCACAGGAUCGGCAGGAAUAUCGUGUACACAGGUGAAUGCUGGUACUAAUAGUUUACGUGUUGUAAGUGCUGCGUCUACUCCUGUAACAACAACAGCUCAGACGAAUACUGUUCGCAUUGUAACAGGAAAUGCUGGUCAGACUUUACGUUUAGCUACUACACAAGCUACAGGAAAUACAACUACCAUGUUGAAAACCGCUCAAAAUUCGAGCGCUAACAUGACUGGACAGAUACAAAACACUGCUAUUGCUAAUUCAGGAACAUCCAUUGGUACUGCUACCACAAUUGGUGGCAAACAAUAUAUAUUGCAAAAGCCUUUAACAUUGGGAACAAAUGUACAGUUUCAGUUAGUAAAAACUAGCACAGGCGGAGUAGCCGUGCAAACUCUUCCAAAACUUAAUUUGAAAAAUACUAAUACCGCAGGCGCAAUAACUGUAGGUACGCAACAGACAGCAACAGGGCAAAUAGUGACAGCUUCACAAACAAUAGUUAGCAAUGUUGUUUCACAAACACAGCAGCAGUUUAUUACCAAUGCAAAUUGCAUAACAUCUAUAGCAACUAAUGUGUCCACCGGACAGCAAAAACCAAUAGUAUCUGGUAAUCUUGUUAAAUUAGUUUCCCCACACACCGUUAGUGGUGGUAAAUUAAUUAUGAAAAAUUCGAAUAUACUACAAGUGGGGAAGGUAUCUUCAAAUGUUGCUGGCAAACCAGCAUUUGUUAUCACUAACAAACAGGGACAUCAGUUAACCAAUCAACAGAUCAUAAUUGUUACUACUGGUUCGGCUUUACGAACCAUAUCGACAUCAAAUGUAGUGUCUCAAGCAGGUGCAUGCAACAUUGUUUCAAUAGUAGGUUCUACAUCGACAACAGCUACAGCUGUAGCGACUAGAAAUGUGGUAGCUACUCAGAGCGGUGUUAAAAUGAUACGUGGAGUUACAAGCACAACAGGACGCCCAAUUACUCUAACAUUGCCUUCAGCGACAACACAAUUGUCUCAGCAACAUCUUACAGGUCAACAACAUCAGCAAAAAAUCAACGUGCAGCCUGCAAAUAUACAGCAAAAAACAAUAACAUUGGGAGGUAAAGCAGUAACAGUUCAAAUGGCUGCAAAUCCCAAUAUAACUGGGCUAACCAAAACUGUUACGAUCGUUGGAUCGAACUCAGGGCAUACUCAACCUCAGACCAUUGUUACAAGCGGUAUAGCUGGAAACACAGGAAGCAAAUUAGUCGUGUUACCCGCUAAUACAACCAUAGCUAAUAAAGGAUUCGUUAAUAUUUUAAAUACAACUGGCGUAAAUAAUAGCGGAGGAAAUACUUUGCAACGUUCGAUUACAUUAGCAUCUAAAAAUAUAGUGGGGACAACAAAUUCACAAGUCGGUUUUGCGUCACAGAUCAAUAGUAAUGGGUCAAAUGAACCGACAGUUGCUAUAACAGCACUGACAGAUUCUAAUUAUACUGAGGGUGAUACUAUGGACGAUAUAAUUGAACAAUUAGAUGGUGCAACAGACGUAGUUGGAAAAAUGAUUGACACAAACUCCGAAGAUAUUGAUUGCGAGGCAGAAACUCUCGAGUUGAAUUAUAACCAAAACCAAAACCAAGUAAUAGAAAUGUGUGAAGAUUUUGAAGAAGUCGGCAUUACCUAUUCAAAUGAUACAAGAGAUUAUACAAAUAUUCGUGCUAACACGAGAAGGAAACCUGAGUUUGCAAUUGAAUGCAUGCGAGUCCGCAAUGCGGUAGUCAUCCACUCAGAAUCUCCUCACAUACAAACAGUACAUACACAAAAAUAUUUAAGUAAAUAAAGGAAUAACUUCGGAAAGACCACCUGCAUUACAGGUUUGUAAAAAUGUGUUUUUGUUAGGUUUAUCUAAAAUUGUUUAUCUGUAACGCCACGUUGAAUGUGUAAAGCUUGUAUUUUCUUGAUUUCAAAUACCCAAAAAACGGUAGUAUCUCCUUGUUUAGAACUUUUUUAAUUUGCCAUUUAGCACACUUCCUUCGUAAUUUUGUUUAGUUCCAAAUAUACUUAUAGGACUGUUAUAGACCUACUUACAUUCGAAAUAAAAAAAACAGACACAGAUACUAAUAUCUUAGUCGUUUUCUUUAAAUAGUAGAAGGAAAGAAAAGCGAAAUAGCUGAAGAACAAUAAAUUUUUCAUGAGUUUAAAGACUUACGUGUUGAUGCAAAAACGACUAAUUUAAAGAUUUUAUCAAUAAGUUAUUUUAUUUAGUAAAAAUAAAAACAUAGCAUCAUUAAAUAGGGUUUCGACUUGACUUGACAGACAUUUGAAAAAAGAACUUUUAAAAGUAAUAGCUGCGGAUGUUUAUCCAGUUACAACCGAACAUCAUCACCAUUCCAUGGAGAUUCAUUUUUGUUUUUGGAAUUAAAAUGUAAUUUGUGGGAAUAACAUUUACUGUAAACUUAAAUCGAAAAAUACCCCGCCCGCAUUCUUUUUACUCUUACUUGUAUUUUACUUCUCGUAACUUUCUGCUUAAAAGAUUAAGUUAUUGUAAUAAUAAAUGAAAUAUUAAACCGA